UAAGCAGUCCAUCCCAGCCCCACCCUCUCUUGAACCAUCCUCCAGUUAUGUUUUAGCUCUGACAUAUUGACUCUUCCCAUCCUGUUUAAAUACUGACACAGGAAGCACAGGUGUCACUAGUUCACCUGGGAUUCUGCUAAGAACAUUAGAGGUGCCAGCAGUCCAUCAGCUUCACCUAAGACUAAAACUACACAAGAUCUUCAUUUCAAGGAACUGCACAUCUUUUUGCUUCUUAACCCAAUUUCACUCCUCAUUGAAACGAAAGAGAAGAUCUACAGGCAUGGACAACAGACUGUUCCUCACCGCCCUUGUUGUGACACUGUCCUGGAUGUCUUUGGGCAGCAAUGCUCAAGUCACAACAACAGGAGCAGGAAUCAACGGGACAACAGGAGCAGGAAACAACGGGACAACAGCAGCGGGCAACAACGCAACAACAGCAGCGGGCAACAACGCAACAACAGCAGCGGCCAACAACGCAACAACAACAGCGGGCAACAACGCAACAACAACAACAGUGGGCAACACCGCAACAACAACAACAGUGGGCAACACCGCAACAACAACUGCGGGCAACAACGCAACAACAACAGCGGGCAACAACGCAACAACAGCAGCGGGCAACAAUGCAACAACAGCAGCGGGCAACAACGCAACAACAGCGGGCAACAACGCAACAACAGCGGGCAACAACGCAACAACAGCAGCGGGCAACAAUGCAACAACAGCGGGCAACAACGCAACAACAGCGGGCAACAACGCAACAACAGCAGCGGGCAACAACGCGACAACAGCAGCGGGUAACAACGCAACAACAGCAGCGGGCAACAACGCAACAACAGCAGCGGGCAACAAUGCGACAACAGGUGCUCCCCCACUGACGCCUAACACCACGGUGGAAAUUCUUGUGACACCUGUUUCUAGGGCACAAUGUGGGAAGCAACAACUCUGUGCGGCUGCGCCCUCACAGUGCGACCCCUCUACAGCAGGAUCAUGUUUCUUUCUAGCUGCCAAACAGAUAAGCGGUAACAACUUUGAGUUUGGGCUCUCAGGAGUGUCAAAUGGCUACAUCGCUGCCUCCCUUUCACCUGGCAGCUCACUGCUAGAAAACGCCACAACCUACGUCUGUGCAAACAACGGGGGUGUUGUAAAAUUCUUCGGCACACUCUUCAGCAAAAGUCAGCUGAUUGUGACAGAGCUGAAUGUGAACUCUGUGAAGGGCAGCGUCAAUGGAAAUAAAAUACAGUGUACAUUUGCUGCCACUGUACCAACUGCAAGUACUAGGGCAGUAGGUGUUGCUCUCCAGAUCGCCACCGGAACUUUCAACAGCACUUCUGGUACUCUGGGAGCCCCCGUGGCCCAAUUUAGAGGCAGUGUUGAAGACCUGGGAAAUCCUACCACCAACGUCAACAAUACCAUUUCCAGCAGCACUAUUCCACUCCACCGAUCUAUGACGCAAGCUAUGAUGAUCACUGUGGCUGUGCUAGGUCUGGCCAUGCUAUGAGAAACCUGAAAUCCCUGUGUGUCAAGACCAGGAAACCAUACCUUCCCUAUUCAUAUUUGUGUGCUACUGUAUACAAAAGACCUCACAGGUGGAUAACUAUAUCAUGUCAGAAUAUUAUGAUCAUGCUUUGUUUUGUUUACACUUACUGCCGCUGAAAGGAGUAGUGGUGGAGAAUCUUCUACAGCCUCCUGACUGCUUUUACAUCUGUGAAGGCUCUGAAACAAACAGGUUAUUUAAUUUUGAGGAGCUUUUAAUUUAAUGUGUAAUCCAUUUUGUUUACGGUUUGGUUUUUUAAACCAUAGGACUGCUGGAUUUCCGUCCUACAAGCUACUUAAUUACAUACAAAUACAUUGACCAUCUGCCUCAGGUGAAAUUCAGUCUUUGAAUGGUUGGAAUGGGAUACAUAUGAGAAACACUGUAAAUUGACUAUUAAAAACACAAAGUAAGCAAACAUCAAAUCAUAAUCAAAUGAACCACUACCUGGCUUUCACCAAUAGAUGUCAUGCUGUAUAGAAAUGUGGGGUUUGGGGUCUGGUUACCUUAUAAGUCCACAUUACUACUGUCACGCAGAUGCAUCAUGACUUGCUAACUCCCCAGUAACCACAGGAACAUCAUU